GGCAUUUGAAAUGUCUUCUUCAAAACCUCAUAAUACAAUUGAACAAGCUAUUCAUGACAAAGCCAUUACUGAGGUUAUUGUUGCACAAAAUCUUUCAUUAUCUUUUACAGAAGGAAAAAUGUUUAAACGAUUUGCAAAAAUUAUAGAUUUGGGAAAGAUUAAGAGUCUAAUUGAUGAGGGAUUUAAUCAAAUCAGUUCUAGCCUGCGGUAUGAUUUAUACAAAGCUGAAACAGUAUCAUUAACCAUGGAUUUAUGA